AUGUCUUCAACUUAUCAAAAUGAGCAAAACCCGAAACUCAAAACCCGUGAAGUUGAAGAAAAGAAGAGGGAGGAUGGAGAAGAAAAAGAAGAGUGCGCGCCUUGUUGGAUGUCCUUUUACAUGGAGGCUGGUGGGUGCGGGGAUGAAUUCAUACAACUUGAUGAACAUUGCGGUGUAGAAAACAACUUUGACAAGUGCAAUGAGGUUAAUACAAAAAUUGUCAAGUGUAUGGAAGCCAAUCCUAAAUACUUUCAACUAUUUCUCCAAGCAAUUGAACAAGCCAAAGAGGUCAAGGAGAAUGACAAGCAUAUUAAUCAUGCAAGUUCUAAGGGUGUUGAAGAAAUUAAGCCAAAAGUUGAUGGUUAG